AUGGAGUACGACCUCGAUAACAAGUUGCUCAAUCGUUAUAUCACACUCAGACCCGGCGAGCCACGUGAAGAUCCAGCACUGGACUACGAGGCAACCAAGAGGGGCAUGGAGUUGAGAUUACAGCGGUUCCGUAGGACGGUGGCGCCGACCGACCCGAAGUGGGCACAGGCAGAAAGCCAAGGCCUCUUCGAACUCGACAAGGUCGUCGCGAUGGGAAGGGCGCAUUGCCUCGCCGUGGGCGGGUAUGUCACGGCGGGCGGCAUUAUCCAGGUGUACGGGGACUGGAUACUGGAUAUCCAGUUCCCGGACGCGGAGCUCAACGCGCCGAGGCCCAUUGUGCAUCACGAGGGAUAUGAGUCGCCGCAUGAUGGGGAGAGCGAGGAUGAGCUUGAGCAGAGCAAUCGGGAGGGCGAGGGCAAGGCCAGGAGCGACAGGAGGGAUGACGUUGAGGCCAACGAGCACGGGAAGAUUACCAAGACGAAGGCCCGUUGA